AAAGCCAAAGACAGCCAGUAUGCUGCCUGCUGUUGUAAAGCUCUGCUGUGGAAUUUCCUACCCACAUCUGAGGAAUAUGGCAGGACUUCAAUGCACAGCUGUGGCAGUGAUAGGCCAGGAUAUCACGCACCUGCAGCAAUGGGGACAAAUCCGGCAUCACAUGAAAACGCAUGCUGGUUUAAAAAAUAAUGAGCCCAAACCAGAGGAUGUAAAGCCUGUGCCAGCGAAAGAAGAUGAGCUGUUCUAUGUACAACAAGGCCAAGAAGCAAUGAGGAAGGCUCUCUGCAUGUUUGAGGACAAAGAAGGAUGGAUGGUUGAGAUCACAGAGAGCAAUGGGGAUGUGAUCUGUAGCAAAGUAAUGCCGGGGGCCAGGAAGGUCUUCAGGAUUGAGGCGGUCCUGGAGGCCAGCGUGGACGAGCUCUACGACCUCCUGUUUGUCAGAGUGGAGGAUAUGCAGCAGUGGAACCCAAGCAUACAGCAUAUCAAAAUUCUGGAGCGCGUUGGACCUGAAACGAUUAUCACUCAUGAGGUUUCAGCCAAGACAGCAGGAAAUCUGAUUGGCCAAAGGGAUUUCCUGAGUGUCAGACAUAGUUGCAAACAAAAGUCCAGCGUUUAUCUUGGAGGAGCAGCGAUUCAGCUGGAGUCGUUCCCACCUCAGACAGGCUUUGUGAGAGCUGAGGAUGGACCAACCUGCAUCAUCAUACAGGCUCUGGACGGGAAUAUAAGAAAAAGCCGCUUCACAUGGCUUCUUAAUAUGGAUGUGAAGGGCUGGCUGCCAAAGUCCAUUGUCAAUCAAGCUUUGCCCCAAGCACAGCUGGAUUUCACCAGACACCUCCGUGGACGUCUCACAGCGAGCGCCACCCUGGGCUGACUGAGUCUGUGUGACACACACACAGCGGCAGCACCCUGUCAUCACUCACAGGGGAAGACUGGGAGAUGGAGGCACGGUGACAGCCUGGCUGCUCGGCAGAACACUGCCCUUUCAGCAAGAGCAGAGAUGCCUGGAGGAGAAGCUUUGCUCCAGCGCUCUGCAGAGCAGAGCUGGCAGAGACCAGUCGCAGCAGCCAGUGCCAGCCUUUAAGAAGAAAGCUUGCUCAUAGUAGGCAUUAAUGUCAAGUGUGCCACUCAAACCUCAUUAAAAUCUCCUGAUUAGUAGUCAUCACUCGUCCGUUGACACAUGACUAACUGUACUCUGCAUAUGACUGGACAAAAUUAAUGAGGUUCUUAAAUGUGCAUAUUUUGCCUGACUCAUUUUCAUCCGUUCAUCGUUGUAAAAUUAUUCUGAAUACUACAUCAAUAGCCACACUGCAUAACAGGUGCUUCCUCUCAAUUACAGUAGCUGUUACAUAUGUUUCUACAUAUAGUUGUGCAUGUCCACUUUUAAAUGGAAGCCAAAUAAGAAAAGGCCAAACGCUAAAUAUAACAACAGUAAAUGGAGAUUAAAUAGAGGAAAGUGGAAUAACAAGAAUCUCAGUUCUUUCAAAUGUCUUUUACUUUGUUCUCUUUUACCACUUAAAAAUUCAAUAAAUAUUAAC